AUGUUAAUCGGCUUAUGCGGAGGUAUUUGCGCCGGCAAGCAUGCUAUUGCCGAGUACCUGAUCCAGCACCAAGGCUUCCAACUACUGGAGCUGACCAACAAAUCUCAUCACCUCAUCGCGGAUGAACCCGAUGAUGAGCUACGCCUCCAAACCUCACAGAUCCAAAAACAUGGAGAAACCCCGUCCGAGUUUGUGUUUGACUCCGCCGAUUCGCUCCUUGACUUCACGACCAAGCGAUGGCAAGAACGCUGGGUGACGACAGACAUCGCCGACGGGUCGACCCUUGAUCGAUUUUUGCUUCGCCCUUUCUUUUUACUUGUCAGUGUGGAUGCCCCGGUAAGCCUUCGCUGGAAACGUUUUUCAGACCGCUGCUGGAGACGGCAUCUAGAUCCACCUGCUUUGGAAAAGUUUGUGCUUUGGAACGACCGGCACCUCUAUGAGAGGGAUCUUGGGCGGGUCUACCUAACGGAUAGAGCCCAGGUCCGUCUAUUCAAUUCCUCCUCCUCGUUGGAUGAACUGCACCAGUCGCUCCAGGUCCUAAACCUAGCAGACGAACAACGGUUACGGCCAAACUGGGAUCAGUAUUUCAUGCAGCUCGCAUCUCUUGCGGCACAGAGAAGUAACUGCAUGAAGCGACGGGUGGGCUGUGUGCUUGUUCGAGAACGCCGGGUGAUCAGUACAGGAUAUAAUGGAACCCCACGGCAUCUCACCAAUUGUAAUGAAGGUGGAUGUCCUCGUUGUAACCGUGGAGAUGGUGGUGGAGUUGGCCUUUCCACCUGCCUUUGCCUUCAUGCCGAAGAAAAUGCCUUGCUUGAGGCAGGGAGAGAACGCAUUCGGGAGGGCGCCAUUCUCUACUGUGAUACGUGUCCCUGCUUGACAUGCACCGUCAAGAUUACACAGGUCGGCAUUUCUGAAGUUGUCUAUUCACAAGGCUACAACAUGGAUAAAGAUCUAUCCUUCAAGCUGCAGGUGUACGACUACGGCAAUUCAAACCAAAACCGUCCAGAAAUGCCGACUGUUCACCUCCUGGACUAUGUGGCAGGGAACAUCCGUUCCUUAGUCAAUGCGAUCAAUCAAGUUGGCUAUGAGGUGGAAUGGAUUAAAACUCCUGAAGAUGUGAAGAAGGCAGAUAAAUUGAUCCUACCUGGUGUCGGUCACUUUGGCCACUGUCUCUCGCAGCUCGAGCAAGGUGGCUUCCUUGAACCAAUUCGAGAGCACAUCGAAGCCGGGAAGCCCUUCAUGGGCAUCUGUGUUGGUCUGCAAGCUUUAUUUCAGGGAUCAGAGGAGGAUGUCAAUGUGUCAGGCCUGGGUUUGAUCCCAAUGCGCAUCCAAAAAUUCAGGGACACAAGCAAGAGCGUGCCACACAUUGGCUGGAACUCGGCGAUGAACACGGAGAUCGCAUCGAAAAAGCAGAGCUUCUACGGAUUGAGGCCAACCAGCAAAUACUAUUACGUCCACUCCUAUGCCGCACCUUAUACCCCAGGAGUCCUCGAGGCGGACGGUUGGUCCGUCGCGACCGCUACGUAUGGCGAUGAAGAAUUCAUUGGAGCAGUCAGUCGGGGAAACAUAUUCGGAACCCAGUUUCACCCUGAGAAAAGCGGCGUCGCAGGUCUACGUGCCCUUCGCGCUUUUUUGACCGAUGAUCAAUUUCAAUUUCUCCCCCAGGAUCAAAUCGCCGGUAAGGAAGACGGGCUGACUCGCCGAGUGAUUGCUUGCUUGGAUGUGCGGGCUAAUGACUCGGGCGAUCUUGUCGUCACAAAGGGCGACCAGUAUGAUGUACGCGAGAAGAGUGGAGUGGACACAGGUGGCCAGGUUCGAAACCUCGGAAAGCCUGUUGACAUGGCCAAGAAAUACUAUGAGCAAGGGGCCGAUGAAGUCACCUUCCUCAACAUUACCUCUUUCCGCAACUGCCCAUUGGCAGACACUCCUAUGCUUGAGAUCCUGCGGCGAGCUUCGGAAACAGUUUUUGUGCCUUUAACGAUUGGCGGAGGCAUCAAAGACACGGUGGACACAGAUGGCACUCAUGUGCCAGCGCUUGAUGUGGCCACAAUGUAUUUCAAGUCGGGUGCGGACAAAGUCAGCAUUGGUUCUGAUGCAGUGUUUGCUGCCGAGGAUUAUUAUCAAUCGGGCUUGAGUGGACGCACUGCCAUUGAGACGAUCUCAAAUGCCUAUGGAAAACAGGCUGUGGUAGUGAGUGUCGAUCCCAAACGCGUCUAUGUGGAUAGCCCUGAAGACACACACCACCACACCAUCCAGACCGCAUACCCCAAUGCAGCCGGGCAGAGCUUUUGCUGGUACCAGUGUACAGUCAAGGGGGGGCGGGAGACGCGCAAUAUGGAUGUUCGGCAGUUGGUGCAGGCCGUCGAGGCCAUGGGAGCUGGAGAAAUUCUGCUGAAUUGCAUCGACAAGGAUGGCAGCAAUAGCGGGUUCGAUUUGGAAUUGAUUAAUGAUGUGAAGGCUGCUAUCAAGAUUCCGGUGAUUGCUUCUAGCGGAGCUGGUGUACCAAGCCACUUUGCAGAGGUCUUUAGCAGGACCUCAACUGAUGCUGCCUUGGGAGCUGGAAUGUUCCACCGAGAGGAGUAUACAGUGAGUCAGGUCAAGGAUUACCUCCAAGCCGAGGGAUUUUUGGUCCGCCAGUUUGAGGCCAGCCUCUGA